AUGUCAAACAUCGACGACGGCACCUCAGACCGGCCGUACAGCCACGCCUUGGUGGCGGGCAUCGACCGCUACCCGCGGAAGGUGACUGCUGCCAUGGGCAAGAAGAAGAUCGCAAAGAGGUCCAAGAUCAAAUCUUUCGUCAAGGUGUACAACUACAACCACCUGAUGCCCACCCGGUACUCUGUGGACAUCCCACUGGACAAAACUGUCGUCAAUAAGGACGUGUUCAGGGACCCUGCUCUGAAACGCAAAGCGAGACGCGAAGCCAAGGUGAAAUUUGAGGAGAGAUACAAGACAGGCAAGAAUAAGUGGUUCUUCCAGAAGCUGCGAUUCUAAAGGGGUAAUCAGGCUGCAUCAAUAAACGUUAAAACCCGU